AUGUGUUUGCCAGAAUCACAGCUUGUACUAGUAGUCUUCAUGCCGUGUGAACAUGAACAUGAGCAUGUGUUAUCGCAAGGCCUUGAGACAAUGUGGUUAGGCCGGUCCUCAUGUUGGGUUCAAGGGUGUCCCAUGUCUGAUACCCAGGCUGCGCAAGACUUUGGCUUAAGCCUGAGUAGCGGUUCUGAAAGAACUCGGAAUACCAUAUCGCCGAGUCUCGAGACAGGCGUCAUGAGGCAACCGUCGGUGGUGGUCGGAUGUCUUCUUCAGCUUCUAUCCCUCUCCCAAGCACACUCUUCGCUGGAGCAGUACUACGACGCCUUUCUGCCCAUCCAAAAAGCCGCCGAGGCUGAAGAAGAGAUGCAGAGGAAGUCAGGCCUAGUCCAGGUUCAGGCUCAGGGAGAGCCACCGCGACCGGUGAUUCCUCGCCGGUUUGGGGCCAACAUGCAUGUCUUCACGACCAGCAUGGGCACACCCACAAAAGGCCGAGGAUACUUUGCGCAGGAUGUCGACUUGAAGGCCAAUAGGGUUGAAAGCCUGGCGUCUUACUUCAUCCAGGGUGCAGACUCUAACAUGACAACCUUGAGCAUCGGAAACAUGACUUGGAUUGAGACUGGCGGCAACCACCCAAAUUGCCGAUACCUGCCGAUGAUGGGGCGACAGGGCUUCCAUGACUUGUUUGCUUGGGCUUCGAAUCCGACCCUCUCCGAGUAUGCUGGGCAGCGUUCCGUCGCCGGGCGCAGCUGUGCACUCUGGCGCUUUCGAUUUGGGAGCUCCGCCGUGAACCAGAGCUUGUGCACAGAUGGAAACAGCCCUGUAGAGCUGAACAUAUCGUAUCGAAACCUCUCGAGUGCGGCUGCCGUGAAGGAGUCCUUCGUCAGCUACCAGUUUGACCCGCUGAGCACUGAGGUCGACUCGAGCCUUCUCGAGAAGCCCGACAUCUGUGAUCAUGUUGCCCCAGCCUGUGAGAAUGGGCGCGGUGUGGAGCCUGCCGCCGUCGAUGCAUACGUCUUCCAUCCGGGACUUUCCGCCGGGGACUACAGCAUUGAGGAUCAAAACGUGGCUGACUUGGUUGGCGAUGCGCUUUUCAUCUGCUUCGAUGUUCUGGGAAACCAGAGCUCCUUCGCGGAUCACAAUUAUUCACUGAUCUCUCGAUAUUCUCUUCAAGUCUCGCCGGCCUUUGGCCAAUACGCUGCAUGCAAUGGUUACCCCGACACCUCACCGCCAGGACCCGUGUGUGUCGGCGGCGACUCACGGCUGGUGGGCAAAGAAGCGCCCUUCUUCAUGGGUGAUGGGGAGAGCAGGUGCGCGGACAAGAGUGUCUUGGGCUUUUGGUACAGUUUGCCCAAGAGCGGCCGUUGUCCACCGCAGACAGGGCCCACGCCAAGCGCGUGGGAGACAGGAUGCACCUGGUCCAUCGUGAAGCGCGAGAAGACCAUCAAUCGGACGUGCCUCCUGGAUGACCACCACUUCCUAGCAAACUGCAAGGCUGACAUGGCCAGCAAGAGCUUUGCAAGAAGUACGGCGGCUUUGUCGGCCGCCUUUGCGUCCGAGGAUCUCUCCAAAGGAGGUUGCCCCGACAUCGGUGGGCCUAGCCUGGCUGAUGCGACUUCUAUCAUCGUGUAG